AGACGCAAACACGUGGGUCACGUGCUCCAGCAACCGCAGGCGAAGACAAGUCGCUGCUGUAGUUGUUGUUGUGGUGUCGCCGCCUCGCGCAGUGCCGCCGGUGUUCGUUAGCUGUCUCGCCCGCACGCGCACCGGACAUGUUCCUGCUCCGGGAUGUGCGCGUGGCUCUAAUGGCCGCCGCCGCCGCCUUCGGAGCCGCUGUGUUUAUGGCCAUAAACCUGUUCUAUAAGAGAAGAGUGUGGACACCGGAAGACUACUGCGCCUUCACCGAGGAGGAAGAGGAGCGCAGACAGAGGCAGGUCCUCGUACUCGGCUUAGACGGCGCUGGGAAAAGCAGCGUUCUACAGCAGCUAAACGGAGCAGCUAGCAAAAGAAAGUGCACCCCAACGCGUGGCUUCAACUUCAUCCGUCUCCACACGCCAGUCUGCGAAUUCGACUUCCUAGAAAUUGGAGGUAGCGAGGACUUGCGGGCAUACUGGGCUGAUUUCCUGAGCAGAGCACACGUUUUGUUGUACGUGGUAGACUCCUCAGACAGAAGCCGACUCCCGCUGGCUAAAGACGAACUUCACCGCCUUCUCAGCAUCGACACACGACUUCCAGUCGUAAUACUGGGAAACAAACAGGACAAGUUGGAUGCUGUGAGCGUGUCCGAGCUUCGAGACGCUCUCUUUCUAGGCUCGGUGGCGGAUCAGAGGAAGCUCUUCCUUCUGCAGCUCAGCUCUGUGGGAGAAUCAGAGUCCUGCAGUCUCCAGAACCUUCAAGAUCUGCUCGUCCAGCUAGAAUCCGAUCAUAACUAGCUCGAUCAGCUCAGCUAGAGUCCGUCAUAACUAGCAAAAGCAGAAGAGGAAAAUAUAGAACAUGAAACAAAGGAAAUUUGUGAUCUCUUCAGGGAAGGUUUUAAACUAACAAACAUUUAAUUUCCUUUCGCCUGAAAUGGACCUUGUUUGCUUUUUGAAUUUAACACUCCUGACCUAACAUGAUAUCAUGGGUAAUAAAAGGGUAAUUACAAAUAAAUAAAUCAAUGUGUAUUAGGGAUCUGUAGGAUAACGACGAAGUCUCAGGACGAAAAAGCUUGAUACAAUCAAAGGUGUUGUUGUGAGUUCUCGCUGAUUCUCAGCAGGAUUGCGAGGACUGAAAGUGACGCCAUUUUAUUGUUGCUUAAACAAUACUAUAAACUAUUAUAACAUGUGUAAUGAAUGUGUGGCAGACUGGGAAAACCCACUGGAUAUAUCUUGCUAUAUUCUGAAAAAACUCAGUCUUUCUACAUACUUUUAGCUCUACCGCGUUGUUAUGUUCCAUUCUAACGAUCACAAAUAUGGAUUCUACAAGAAACCCGUCACAUGACUGAAACAGAGAUACCUUCGUUUCACUGCAAUUCCAGCUAAACCUUGCUAGCUAUCUUCAAAGACCUCCCAUUCUGAAUUUCACGCUUCGUUAAUGUUUAGCGAUAGCUACGCUCAGACGUAAGCCUACGCAAUCUCUCAUGAAGUUUGUGAUGCUGCUAGAAAGAAGAUAAAAGGAGAUCAACGAUAGCGAAUCAAUCCGAAUUAAUGUUAGUGCGAACGGAGUUCAGUCCAGCGAUGAAUCGUUUGGAUUAGAGCGCUCAGAAGAAAAGCCUGUGAUUGGCUAGUGUUGUUCUGAUUGACAAGAGUUACUCUGUGAUGGGCGGGGCAUGGAAUGCAUGUACACCUAUGAUUGGUUAGUGUUGUUCUGAUUGACAAGGGAGAGUAUAUAAGCCUUUCCCCUAUCAUCUGGAUUAGAACUCAUACUAUUUCGUGUAAUAACACUUUUCUGUCGCACCAGGACUUUUUUUUUUCUCGUCAGUGUGAAAUUUAUUAGCGGUGCAGUUUUUAACGGAAGAUCAGUACGGAUGGAUGGAUGGUUCCAGCAGUAUCUUAGGCAAUAAGACAUGCAAUAAAUGUUAAAAAGUAAUAAAUUUAAAAUCUCGAUUGUUAAGGUGCACUGUGUACAGUGUGUAGUACGAUUCAGUAAGGAAUGUCCCAUUGUGUUUUGAGAUGUUUUUUUUCUUCUGUACAGUUUAAAAGUUAAUGUCAUGUUCCAGAGGGUUUUCCCAGGCCUCCACACACAUACCCGCAGUUCUACAUUUAUCCGUACGUUACGUGUCCACGUUCGGGAUACUAACGUCAUCCCGUGCGUAGUGUUUGGAAUGUUUUUUGGCGUACCUGCACGUGUGUAUUAGAGCUAGUUCACUUGUUUCUAUUCUGCACGAAAUGUGUUUUAACAGUCGAUACCUCAGAAACAUUUCGAUUCGUUACCUUAACGUCGUAUCAGGUUCGUAUGCAGUACGAAUACCGUGGAAGCUAUAAGGACUCAUUCGCCGCACAAGUCGACGUUGACGUUUACACUUCCAUGAGGAAAGUUCUACUGAUGACUCCGGUUAGAUGACUCCUCACGUUUUGUCACGUUUAUAGUGUUGUGUACAGUGUGUGUGUGUGUGUGUUGAAAGUUUGUCUAGAUGUAAAUAAUGUUGUUAAAGCAGAGGCAGUAUAUUUUGUGGAGAUUACAGUUCAUUAAAGAAAAAUAAAUAAUUAUCAUACAUGGCUAA